AUGGAUUUUUGGGUCGACCUCGCCGGAACUCUGCGGCGGAACCAAUCUCCGAUGCUCCCAUCUUUCAACAUUGAGGAGAUGUCUGAUGAUGCCUCUUUGGGGCAGGGAAAAUUUUGCGAUGACCCAGACGCGGAGAAAAUUCUGGAGGAGGCGGACUGGGCCGAGGAAGAAAGGGAAGGGAGCUUUGAUGAGAACGAUUUAAUGGACGAAGAUGAUUUGCUGCUGGAAGAGGAAGAGGAGGCACGGGAUUCACACGCCAUGGUACCUAAGCAAUCGAUGACUUCUGCAAUUCCGAGUUGGUGGAAAGGGAGCCCGGAGGCCGAUAUCCCUCAGGGCCGGAGCGGUGCGGUCGCUGUAAACCAGGGAGAGAGGAGCCGCCAAAUCUGUACGCCACCGACCAAACUUGAGCUUCCGACGUCAAAGAAAAAAGGGACGCCAAGCCCAAUUGCAGCGGGCAUGUCCCUGAAAAAAAAGAAACCUCCUUUUGGGCCGCGCCUCCCAAAAAUCAGUAACCUCAACAAAAGCUACUAA